UAAUUUUCUGUAAAAAAUUAAUCAAAAUCAAUAAAAAUAUGAAGAUAUUUAGUGGUAUUUUUUUUUUAAUAGCAUUGCAUUAAAAUCAUCUAGAAUUAAUCAACAAACUAUUCCAUCGAAUAUGAAUAAUCAUUAUAACUUUUCUCAGUUUCUGAUAGAGCCUAAAGAUGGCAAAUCAAUUUUGAAUCGAUAUAUGAAGUUGUACUUGUCUGCCAUCUCGUGGCGCUACACUGAAAAUAUUUAUCGUACCGAUAUAACAUGGCGUUCACGUUGUGGGCACUUUUCGAAGUAACUGUGUUAUGUUUGAAUGCGGUCUGUAUUUUGAACGAAGAGAGAUUUCUUGCGAAAGUUGGCUGGGCAUCGUGGCAAAAUGUUCAAGGUUUUGGAGAAACUGCUACAGCUAAAUCACAAAUUUUGAAUCUUAUUAAAUCGAUACGAACGGUAGCACGAGUUCCAUUGAUAUUUUUAAAUAUCAUAACAAUAAUUGUGAAACUGGUGCUUGGUUGAAAGAAACAAUUGAUGAUGUAAAUAAGAGGACAAUGCACAGUGAAAACUCAAAGCGUGAUGUACAUAAAUGAACAAUUAAAUUCUUUUAUUUUUUAUCGCUGCAUUAAUAAGUAAAAUGAUUCUAAUUAUAACACAUUCUUAAAUAUUUUUAUAAUGCAAUUAUUUUAAAAAUGUAA